AUGGCGUUUGGUCACACUCUGCCCCUGUUGGGGAGAGGUGUGGUUGAUGUGAUGGGAAAAUACAGCAAGAGGAAAGGACGGUUCAAAAGGUCUGAUGGGAGUACGUCCUCAGAUACCACAUCCAACAGCUUUGUUCGCCAGGGCUCCGCGGAGUCCUACACCAGCCGGCCGUCAGACUCCGAUGUGUCUCUGGAGGAAGACAGAGAAGCCUUAAGGAAGGAGGCCGAGCGCCAGGCGUUGGCCCAGCUCGAGAAAGCCAAGACCAAGCCGGUGGCCUUUGCUGUCCGCACCAAUGUCGGCUACAACCCAUCUCCAGGUGAUGAGGUGCCUGUGCACGGAAUGGCCAUCACCUUCGAGCCCAAGGACUUCCUGCACAUCAAGGAGAAAUACAACAACGACUGGUGGAUCGGGCGGCUGGUGAAGGAGGGCUGUGAGGUGGGCUUCAUCCCCAGCCCCGUCAAGCUGGACAGUCUGCGCCUGCUGCAGGAGCAGAAGCUGCGGCAGAACCGCCUCAGCUCCAGCAAAUCAGGCGACAACUCUAGCUCCAGUCUGGGAGACGUGGUGACUGGCACCCGCCGCCCCACGCCCCCUGCCAGUGGUAAUGAAAUGACUAACUUAGCAUUUGAACUAGACCCCCUAGAGUUAGAGGAGGAGGAGGCGGAGCUUGGUGAGCAGAGUGGCUCCCCCAAGACUAGUGUUAGCAGUGUCACCACCCCGCCGCCCCAUGGCAAGCGCAGCAUCGCCUUCUUUAAGAAGACAGAGCAUGUGCCCCCCUAUGACGUGGUGCCUUCCAUGAGGCCCAUCAUCCUGGUGGGACCGUCGCUCAAGGGCUAUGAGGUUACAGACAUGAUGCAGAAAGCUUUAUUUGACUUCCUGAAGCAUCGGUUUGAUGGCAGGAUCUCCAUCACACGUGUGACAGCGGACAUUUCCCUGGCCAAGCGCUCAGUCCUCAACAACCCCAGCAAACACAUCAUCAUUGAGCGCUCUAACACACGCUCCAGCCUGGCCGAGGUGCAGAGCGAGAUUGAGCGGAUCUUUGAGCUGGCCCGGACCCUUCAGUUAGUGGCUCUGGAUGCGGACACCAUCAACCACCCGGCCCAGCUCUCCAAAACCUCGCUGGCUCCCAUCAUUGUUUACAUCAAGAUCACCUCUCCCAAGGUCCUCCAGAGGCUCAUCAAGUCCCGAGGGAAGUCUCAGUCCAGACACCUCAACGUCCAAAUAGCGGCUUCGGAGAAGCUGGCCCAGUGUCCCCCUGAAAUGUUUGACAUCAUCCUGGACGAGAACCAAUUGGAAGAUGCUUGCGAGCACCUGGCCGAGUACUUGGAAGCCUAUUGGAAGGCCACCCACCCUCCCAGCAGCACGCCCCCCAAUCCGCUGUUGAAUCGCACCAUGGCCACCGCAGCCCUGGCGGCCAGCCCCGCCCCCGUCUCCAACCUCCAGGGACCCUACCUUGCUUCCGGGGACCAGCCGCUGGAACGGGCCACCGGGGAGCACGUCAGCGUGCACGAGUACCCGGGGGAGCUGGGCCAGCCGCCCAGGCUUUACUCCAGCAGCCACCCACCUGGCCGGGCAGGCACCCUGCGGGCGCUCUCCCGCCAAGACACCUUUGAUGCCGACACCCCCGGCAGCCGAAACUCUGCCUACACGGAGCUGGGAGACUCGUGUGUGGACAUGGAGACGGAUCCCUCCGAGGGGCCAGGGCUUGGAGACCCUGUCGGGGGGAGCACCCCGCCCGCCCGGCAGGGCUCUUGGGAGGAGGAGGAGGAAGACUAUGAGGAAGAGCUGACCGACAACCGGAACCGAGCCCGGAAUAAGGCCCGCUACUGCGCCGAGGGCAGGGGUCCGGUGCUGGGGCGCAACAAGAACGAGCUGGAGGGCUGGGGGCGCGGCGUCUACAUCCGCUGAGGGCACGGGCCUGACCGCCCGGGUUGCUGUCUGCGCUCGGGCUUGCCUCCAGGAGGUGUUGUCGCCCUCCUUUCAGAUGCCUUGGUCCAAUGUUGGGGUUCUUUGGUGGUCGCCCCAGCUUCUGGGAGGCCCCUAAGACCUGCCUGCUGAAGCUGAAUGGAGGGAUACCCACUUUUCUGCUGUGUCCUCUCUCCCCCAUCUCGGGGGGGCUCUUCUCCCCCUGCCCCCAGAGAAAAGGUGCACUUCCUUAACUCUUUCUACACCAGACUCUCAGUGGAGAUCCUGGAUGAGAUGGCUCCUUCUCUUCCUGGGGUCAGAGGUCACUGCUCCCCGUGCCCAUGAAGCCUCUCUCUCCAACCCCUGACCCAGGGCCCCUCACCCUGUUCCCCAGCUUCCUGACAGCAUUGUCUGGUAUGGUAGGUGGGAGCUGUAGUAUGGGUGCUCCUGCUUAGGGAGCAUCUGGCUUCACACUGGCAGGCAUCCCCGGGGUGCCCCGGCCUUCCACGGGCCUGGCGAUGCCCAGUGCCUAGAACUCUGAGGAGUGGGUAACCGGACACACUCCUACCCACCCCACCACUCCCAUGCCUCCGCCUUCACCCACCCAGGAAUGAGCUUCGCCUGCCACCCCUGCCUGCUCUCAUCCAACAAGGGCCCUCUUGCUUGGGCCCCCAUUCCACGUGCCAGCUGAGCCUGGAGCCCAUGGGACACGCUAGUCUGCCUCUUUGAAACCAAAAACACUCUCUUCCACCCUCACCCUAAGGCCCCAGAGGAGACUGCUGGUGGUGGGGGAGGGGGGAGGGCUCGGGACCUCGGAUCUCCCCUGAGGGGCUUGGCUGCUGCUGUUGCUACUCUACAUUUGCCUCCUGUGGCCCUACCCUUCACCUGUGUCUACCCCUUGUCCCCAGGAGAGGCCUUGGCACCCCUUCUCCCCUGAGGUACUUCCUCUGCCUCAGUGUCUCCACAGUCCAGCAGCCCUGACCCUCCCCAGCAGCCCAGCUGGGCCUGAGAGAGCCGAUUGUGCCAACGAGGACUGGGCUGUGCCCGGCUGCCCACCUCAGGGAUGGGCACUCCUGCCUGUCUCGCCACCUCCUGUGCCAAUGUUGUCCCGUCCACCUCCUGGGUGGUGGGGUGCAGCUUCUGCUCACUGGUUAGGAGACACCACUGCCCAACCCUCCCUGUCUUAUGUCCUGUGCUCCUGUCUGUCUGUCUGUCUGUACUCUCCUAGGACAAGUAUUUUGCCACACACAAAA